AUGGAUGAAGAAAUCGGGCGCCAGAUUGGUCUGGCGGUGCAGCGAUACGAGGAUCGCCUGACCUGCGUUCAGCAGGAAUUGGAGAGGUACAAAGGGGAGAAUUCAGAGUUGCGCUCCAGGCUGAAAACCGUCACGAAGAAGCUGGAAGAAGCCGUGAGAGAAAAGGAGCGCAUGGCAGAGGCGGAGGCGGCAAGGAUAAAGGCAGAGGAGGAGACCAAGCUGCAGGAGAAGAUAAAGGCGGAGAAGAAGGAGCAGGAGCACAAGGAGACAAAGUUGGCAGAGGAGGCCAAGAUAGAGGCUGAGGAGGGAGCCAGGACAAAGGCAGCACAGCUGGCAGAGGAGGCCAAGAUAGAGGCUGAGGAGGGAGCCAGGACAAAGGCAGAGCAGGAGACAGACACAAAGACGGAGGAGGAGAGCAGGAAAGAAGAGCAGAAGGAUUCGCCAAGUCCGCCGACGCGCGUGGUGCCAGAGCAUUUCAAGCAACAACUGCGUGAGAUGCAGCAAGCGGAGGAGCACAAGCAGAAAACGGAGGAGAAGGAGGGGGGGGCGACAAAGCUGGAAGAGGAGCCCAAGACGGAGGCUGAAGAGGAGGCAGAGACAAAGACAGAGAUAAAGACAGAGGCGGAGGGCAAGAAAGAGGAGCAGAAGGAUCCGUCAAGUCCGCCGAUGCGCGUCGCACCUGAUCAUUUGAAGCAGCAACUGCGCGAAAUGCAGAAGGUGGAGCCAGAGAAGGAGGUGUUGCCGGCGGCGGAUCAACAGCCCAGGCCGCAGGCGAUGGAAGAGCCCAAGAAGAAGGAGGAGGAGCACGAGCAGAAGGCGGAAGAGAAGGAGGAGGGGGAGACAAAGCUGGAAGAGGAGCUCAAGGCAGAGGCAGAGUCAAAGACGGAGGAGGAGGGCAAGAAGGAGGAGCAGAAGGAUCCGCCAAGUCCGCCGAUGCGCGUCGCACCUGAUCAUUUGAAGCAGCAACUGCGCGAAAUGCAGAAGGUGGAGCCAGAGAAGGAGGUGUUGCCGGCGGCGGAUCAACAGCCCAGGCCGCAGGCGAUGGAAGAGCCCAAGAAGAAGGAGGAGGAGCACGAGCAGAAGGCGGAAGAGAAGGAGGAGGGGGAGACAAAGCUGGAAGAGGAGCUCAAGGCAGAGGCAGAGUCAAAGACGGAGGAGGAGGGCAAGAAGGAGGAGCAGAAGGAUCCGCCAAGUCCGCCGAUGCGCGCCGCACCUGAGCAUUUGAAGCAACAGCUGCGUGAAAUGCAGAAGGUGGAGGCAGAGAAGGAGGUGUUGCCGGCGGCGGAGGAACAGCCCAAGACGCAGGCGAUGGAGGAGCCCAAGAAGAAGGAGGAGGAGCACGAGCAGAAGGGGGAGACAAAGCUGGAAGAGGAGCUCAAGGCAGAGGCAGAGUCAAAGACGGAGGAGGAGGGCAAUAAGGAGGAGCAGAAGGAUCCGCCAAGUCCGCCGAUGCGCGCCGCACCUGAGCAUUUGAAGCAGCAACUGCGUGACAUGCAGAAGGUGGAGGCAGAGAAGGAGGUGUUGCCGGCGGCGGAGGAACAGGCAACGACGAAGGAGGAGGAGGAGGAGGAGCCCACGACAAACGCGAAGGAGGCGGAGGCCGCGACGAAGCUGGAAGAGCAGGGCAAGAUAGAGGCUCAAGCCUGGCUGAAUCCUGCAGAGGAGAGCAAGGCAGAGCAGGAGAAGCCCACCGAGACAGGCGAAGUCGCGAUUUCAGCCGGCGAGGCUGAGGUGCAGAGUGAGGUGGAGAAGCCAAGGCCGGAGGAGCCUGAGAAGCCGAAAGAGCCAGGUCUGAUUUGGGCAACCGAGAUGCCGGAGGCGGAGGAGAUGCCAGCAUCGAUGGCUGGCGCUGAGGAAGCAGAUGCAGCCAAAGACGCUGCCAGCGCAAAGACGCUGAGAUGGGAUGCGCAGACGGUGGGUGAGGAGAAGGCUCGGACGGAAGCGUGGUCCGCUUUGUGGUCGCGGUAUAGCACAAGCCAGACAUGGCCUGUGCCCGAGCUGGAAAUGGUGACGAAGUGGUUCCGCGCGGAAAAGCUCAUCAUCUUGCGCAAGGAGCCGAAGAUGGAUGGAGCGCGAAGUGGGGACGCCGUUGUUCGUUCACGCCAUUGGUUUGAGGUAGACGCGGUGCAGCAACACAACGGCAUCCAAAUGCUCCGGCUCAAGGAUGGCUCGGGCUGGGUGCCGAAUGUCGAGCAGAGAGGCGAGCCGCUGUGCGUGGAACUUGGCUCCGAGCCCAAAGAUGAGUCCCGCGAGCGCAACUGGGAGUCGCGGGAGGCGAGGAGGUCUCGGCCGUCCCGGGACAGGGACCGGAAAGAGUGGGAUCAGAAGGAUUGGGAGCAGAAGUGGGAGCAGAAGGAGUGGGAGCAGAAGGACUGGGAGCAGAAGGACUGGGAACAGCAAGGAUGGGACUGGAAGAAUGAAGACAAGAGAGACAAGAGCUGGGAAUGGAAGUGGCAGUAA